AACUGCCCCAAAAGGCAAGAUGGCGACCCAGCCUGCGGCGAGACGCUCCUCCCAGCAUGCCUAGCGGCCGGCCCCAUCUCCGAGGAGCGAUGGGGAUCCGGCAGGGCCCAGCGAGUGGCCGAGGCUGAGGCGCAGCCACCGGCCUGGCCGUUGGGCGCUCGCAGCGAGCCAAGAUGGAGACGUGGCGCUGUGUGAGGAGGGGCUACGGCCGCUGUGUAGCGGGGCGAGGCCGGUACUCCAUGUUUCCCUGCCCUCUGAAGAGUUUGGGGCGAGACUGGAGCACUCCAUGGGAGGAUCUGCAGAGGUAUUGCUGGAACAGACACAUUUCUGGCAGUCUGAGGUGGCCUGGACAUUACUCACGUGCACCUUACCCAUACUUGAGUAGCAGACAUUUCUCGCUGAACUGUAGACCACCCCUUCUGUUUGAGUCUGGAACUCGAUUUCAGUAUUAUAAUUGGAGACCUGACCACCUGAGCAGCACAGCUUUCAUCCAUCUCUCUAGUCACGUCAUGAGCUCUGACAGAGAGGAGCCCUCAUCUAAAAGAAGAAAACACCAAGGAACUAUAAAGAGGAAUUGGGAGUAUUUGUGUGGCCAUAACACAGAAAAAGUGAAGGACCUGGAAGGCAAAAAUGUUGCCUCCGCAUGUGAGGACAGUGAAGCCAAGUUUGACUUCUCGGUGAUGUCUUACAACAUACUCUCCCAGGACUUACUGGAGGACAACUCGCACCUCUACAGACAUUGCCGACGUCCAGUGCUACACUGGGGUUUUCGCUUUCCUAAUAUUCUGAAAGAAAUCAAACAUUUCGAUGCAGAUGUGCUUUGUCUACAGGAAGUUCAAGAAGAUCAUUAUGGGACAGAAAUCAGGCCAAGUCUGGAAUCACUGGGUUAUCACUGUGAGUAUAAGAUGAAGACAGGAAGAAAACCUGAUGGCUGUGCCAUUUGCUUCAAACAGUCCAAAUUUUCACUCCUAUCUGUGAACCCAGUGGAGUUCUGCCGCCGUGAUAUUCCUCUGUUGGACAGAGACAACAUUGGGUUAGUUUUAUUGCUGCAGCCCAGAAUCCCACAGGCUGCCUCUCCCUCCAUCUGCAUAGCUAACACACAUCUGCUGUAUAACCCACGGCGAGGUGAUAUCAAGCUGACCCAGCUGGCGAUGCUGCUAGCAGAGAUUUCCAGUGUGGCCCAUCAAAAAGAUGGCAGCUUCUGUCCCAUCGUCAUGUGUGGUGACUUUAAUUCUGUUCCUGGUUCUCCACUCUAUAGUUUCAUAAAGGAAGGAAAGCUGAAUUAUGAAGGCCUUGCGAUUGGAAAGGUAUCUGGCCAGGAACAGUCUUCACGGGGACAAAGAAUCUUAUCUAUUCCAAUUUGGCCCCCAAAUCUAGGCAUCUCACAGAGCUGUGUGUAUGAGGCACAGCAGGGUCCCAGAGCAGACAAGACAGACAGCGAUGUGACUCAAGCCCAGCUGGAGAAAACAGAGGUCCUAGUGCCAGCUGAAAAAGCGUCUUCACACCUACAGCACCGUUUCAGCUUGUCAUCUGUUUAUUCACAUUAUGCUCCUGACACUGGAGUCCCAGAGGUGACCACAUGCCAUUCCCAGAGCGCCAUAACUGUCGAUUAUAUUUUCUACUCUGCAGAAAAGGAGGACGCUGUUAGGGCUCAAGGAGAUGAAGUCGCUUUGGUUGGUGGCCUGAAGCUUCUAGCUAGACUGUCACUUCUUACAGAACAAGACUUGUGGACUGUGAACGGCCUUCCCAACGAGCACAACUCCUCAGAUCACCUGCCUUUACUGGCCAAGUUCAGGCUUGAGCUCUGACUGUGGCUCAUCGCACAGCUUC